AUGGGAACCAACUUCGCCACAAAUAACGACAAUCGUGAUACAUUUGAAUUGAUUCGGGAAAAUCGUUGGUUCAACUUGAAUUUUGGAUCUGGACAAUCAAGCAGAAGACAUUCCAGCGAUGAUUACAAUGACUUUUUUAUAAACAAGAAUAAGUUUGAUGAUGAUGAUCUUUUGCCUUCCUGUAUUGACUUCAAACACGACGUGACGACUGAUGGUCAAGACCAAGACAAUACCAACUAUUUUAUGCAUCCAUUCCAAACUAGCAUUGAUGAUACCUCCUUACCUCCGCCAAAAGCCACUCCUGAAAUCACUGACAACAAUAUCACCAAAAGUCAUUGGGAAAGAACAAUGGACAAAUUACGCCUGAUUUCAUCAAUACAACAGCAAGGCGAGCCAACUACUCAAUUGGAUACAACCGCCACCACAAUCGUUACUUCUAGUAGUGCUUUGGUUCCUUAUUAUCCACCAGCGUUUGAUCCUAUUUUUAUUGCAUUUUCAAGAGAUGAACAUGGAAACAAAUUGCCACCAAUCUUAUUACAAUGUCUCAAUGUGUCAGUGACAGAUUCUGAAUAUCUCGAUGGAAUGGGUCAAUGGGCCUUUCGUAUAGAACUGCAAUACGGGGAUGUGAAAUGGGUGAUUUAUCGAACUAUUGCCGAAUUCGUCAUGCUUCAUUAUAUGCUCAGAUUCAAGUCUAGUGUAUCAGAUUAUGUGCCAGCGCCUCCAACAUUUCCAAAUCAAUUACAAAGCUUAUACGACUCGGCAAAAACAACAAUUGGAUGGGAUCGGAAGGAAGAUGAAGAUGAUGAUCAAGAUCAGAUACAGCAGCAACAAAAUAUGGAUAUCAAUGAUGAGAAUGAAAAACAACGAGAUGCACUUGAUCGACGUAUCGCCUUGACAACUUACCUCCGUGAUUUAUUUAAAAGAGCUCAUAUGCAAAUCAGCUACGAUGUAUGCGAAUUCUUGGAACUCUCUGCGAUCAGUAUGGUGCAAGAUAUGGGUUGGAAAGGAAAAGAAGGCUAUCUACAACAUCGAAUCAAUUUUGUCAAUCCUCGAUGUUGCCAAUUUUGGACAUCUCGUGCAUGGAACACUGAAUGGGUAUUGCUACGUGACUCUUAUAUAGCCUUUUGUGAAAACAUCAGUUCCGACACUCCUACUGAUGUAUUGAUGCUCGACAAGGGAUUUACAAUGACCUCCAGUGAACCGAAUCUUUUGGGCCAUUAUCAUUUGACUCUUACCAAUCAAACUCGUCGGAUCAGACUUAAAGGUAGCAAACGCGAAAUGGAUGAAUGGUGGAACAAUAUCAAGAAGGUUCAGAACGAAAGUCCUUGGGUGCGUAAUCAUCGAUUUGGUUCAUUUGCUCCUGUACGUCACAACGCCAAAGUCAAAUGGUUUGUCGAUGCUGAAAAUCAUUUCAAUGCUGUUGCUGAAGCAAUAUUAUCAGCCAAAUCAGAAAUAUAUAUCGCAGAUUGGUGGCUAUCUCCAGAAUUAUAUCUUCGUCGUCCUCCUGCUCAAAAUGAAGAAUUCAGAUUGGAUCGACUUUUACAACGCAAAGCUCGUGAAGGUGUGAUGAUUUAUAUCGUUGUAUACAAAGAAAUGUCUUUGGCUCUGACUAUCGAUAGUGCUCAUACUAAACAAUGGCUUCAAAGCUUGCAUCCUAACAUUAUGGUACAACGUCAUCCUGAUCAUGCUUCAAUGGAUAAUAAUGUUCUGUUUUGGUCUCAUCAUGAAAAAAUAGUUGUGGUGGAUAAUCGUUUAGCAUUUAUUGGUGGAUUGGAUUUAUGUUUUGGUCGCUAUGAUUCUCAUGAACAUUCUUUAUCAGACUGGGUUCCUGAUGAUCCUGAUCAAGAAAUUUUCCCUGGUCAAGACUAUUCAAAUCCGAGAAAAAAGGAUUUUGUCAAUGUGGCACAUCAUGAUUUGACUUUGGUUGAUCGUCAAGUAAUUCCUCGUAUGCCAUGGCAUGAUGUCACUCUAGCAACGGUUGGACCCAUGGCAAGAGAUAUUGCAAGACAUUUUAUUCAGCGGUGGAACUACCUCAAAGCAACCAAAAGUAUGCAUCGACAGAAUUUACCUUUCUUGCUUCCCAAAGGUGAAUAUGUGGCCGCUCGUGAUGAAUCCAAGUUCAAGGGCACCUGCAGAGUGCAAGCACUUAGAUCAUCUGCACAAUGGAGUUCUGGUGUGGAAAGAGAGCAUUCGAUUUACAAUGCUUAUAUGGAAUGUAUUAAUCAAGCAAAACAUUUUAUUUAUAUCGAAAAUCAGUUCUUUAUUAGUGCAACAGAUCAAGACAAACUGCUACGAAACAAAAUUGCACAAGCUUUGGUAGAGCGCAUCAUCCGAGCACAUGAAGAAAAAGAAAAAUUCAAAGUAUUUAUUAUUAUACCAUUGGUACCAGCUUUUGAAGGUGAUCUUGCUGAUUCUGGAUCAUCAGCAAAAUCGGUGAUGCAUUUUCAAUAUACUUCCAUAUCAAGGGGCGGUAACUCUAUUAUUGAACGACUUGAACGAGCUGGCAUCAAUCCAUCUGACUAUAUUGAUUGGUACUCAUUGCGAAACUGGGGAAGAAUACAACAGACAAGACGACAGCAGGAUCAUCAACCAACAGAAAAUAAUGACAUUAGAAAAGAUGGAUCUCAUUCGGAAGAGAACAAUACUCCCUUUCAUUCGACUUUUGUUGCCGAGGCUUCAGCUACCACCGAUGAUCAUGAUAAUGAUACCCCUCUCGAUGAUCAACAAUCUUCUGAAAUACAUAUACCACUGAAAAAGGACGAUGAUCAAGUUUCUAGGGAUGAUGAUGAUAAUAGCGAAUACGAUGAUGCUGAUCAGUAUGUUUCAGAAUUACUCUAUAUUCAUGACAAGAUUAUGAUUGUGGAUGAUAGACUUGCUUUGAUUGGAUCAGCAAAUAUCAACGAUAGAUCACAAUUAGGUAACAGAGAUUCUGAAAUCGCGAUGGUAAUUGAAGAUACGGAGAUGGUUGGCUCCUACAUGGAUGGGAAAAAGUACAAGGCAGCCAAAUUCGCGCAUACAUUACGAUUACAACUUUGGAAGGAACAUUUGGGACUUUUGGACUUUGAUGAUUGGUCGAGCUUAUUGGCAAACGACAAGGAUCAUAACAGUGAUAUUGUGAAUCAUUUAGAUGUGACUUCUGCAACGCAGCAACAAAAUAUGGAUCAUCAUCAUCGUCAUCAUCAUCAUCAUCGUCAUAAGCACCACCAUAGCCACCGUCACUACCAUCACCAGACUCAAAAGGAUAAUGACAAGGAUAUUCAAUUUUGUGAAGCAGAGGAACCUGUACGUAUGAUCGAUCGUCUUAGUCGCACUCGCAGCUUAUAUGACACAUUUAAAGCGCCAAAUCAAGGCAAGGACAGCAAUGAUGAACAACAAAGAUUGGACGCGAUGGCUCUCGACCCACUCUCUGAUCAAUGUUAUUAUAACGUUUGGCGAAAGACAGCAGAAUCCAAUACUUUGAUAUACCGACGACUCUUCCAUUGUGUUCCUGAUGAUACUAUCCACACUUAUGAACAGCAUCGCCGUUUUACUGGAAUGAACAUGUCCGAUAAUAGUACAGAAACCCCAUCUGCCACCUCUCUUUUCACUGCUUAUGGUCAUGUGGCUGAUCCUUUGUUGUCUGGACAAGAAAUCCGUGAAGAAUUGGAAACAAUUCAAGGUCAUCUGGUGCAAUUCCCCGUCAACUAUCUCAAAGAUGAAAAUAUGAUUGGAUCUAACAAUAUUAUUGAUUCAGUGACUCCUAUGGUUAUAUUUACUUGAUAGAUAGAUCAUUUACUUUUUUUUUUUUGUGGCAAUAAACGAUUUUUUAUUUAUACAUCUUGUCUCUCUCUCUCUUUUUUUUUUUAUUUU